AUGACAGCCAAGUACCACCUAACGAUUGUCAAUUACCCUCUCAAAAAGUUCUGCUGCCCUAGUGAUGUUGGCUCCAAGACAGAGCUCGAGCUUCUCCUUCGUGCAUGGGAAUCAGGUGCAAUGUACUGGAAAUACUUAUCCAAUGAGGAGUUUGAGCAGUGGCAGACCGCACGAUUCAAUGCCAAGAUGACAGAGAUGCAUGGUGACGACAAUGACAACGACAUCGACAAUGUUGACACCUGCAUGGUGCAGACUCGCAACUACAUCCACAAUCCCUCCGUCAUGAGCAUGAACCUUUCCACUACCAACGAGGCUGCCAUUACCAUCGCUACUGCCGUCACUGCCACUCCUGCUCUCAUCACCACUGCUCCUGUCACCAUCGCUCCCGUCGCUGCCGCUCUCAUCACUGCCACCUCCAUUGCUGCUGCUCCUAUCACUACUGCUUCCAUCACUGCUGAUCAUACUGCCAGUGCUCCCACUGGACUCAACAAAUGA